AAAUGGUUUAGCAGUUCGUGGCUCUACUCCGAGUGCUAUUUCUACCGAAGAAUACGGGAAGCGUUUGAAAUCACACGACAUGUCAACGCAUUUGAUCCGUUCAAUGACUCUAAAGAAGAAGCGCUUACGUCGUCCAUCAAAACUGUGGAAGUGUUGGCGCAAUACGUAAAGACAUUGUCCGCGAGAAAUGAUUUGAACAUUGAGUUAGAAUUCGUCCGAAUUAUAGAGUUAUCUCUUUGGGGAAACAAAUGCGAUCUUUCGCUCUCUUGUGGCCAACAAACCGAUCAAUUCGUGGAUCCGACCCAAGAUUUGGCUAAAAUGAGGCAUUUUAUAAUCGAUAAUCAUAUCCAAGAGUUGUGGCAAUACGUGAACGCUUUACGAACGGCUGGCACUGGUCUUCAGUUGGCUAUUGUUUUAGACAACUCUGGCUUUGAAUUGUUUACAGACUUAUGUCUCGUUGAGGUCUUGGAAUCAAUUGGUUUAUUGAGUGAUAAAAGUGUUAAGUUUUACGUAAAAUCUAUGCCAUGGUUUGUGUCGGAUGUGAUGACCAAAGACUUUCACUGGUUAUUAAAUUAUUUGGCCAACGAUUCCAACACUCAUUCAACUGUUGUUAAAGAAUUGAGUGCCAAAUGGAUUAAUAAUGUGAAGACUGGAAAAUGGGUAAUAAUUGAUGACCAGUUUUGGACACUUUCUCACGAUUAUAGCCAAAUGAAAACAAUAGCACCGAAACUGUACCACAGCUUAAGCGAAGCAAAUCUAAUCAUAUUUAAGGGAGAUUUGAAUUAUAGGAAACUGACCGCAGAUCUGAUGUGGGAUUUUUCAGUGCCUUUCUCUGUCUCUUUGCGUGGUUUCCUUCCGACCACUCUUUGUACCCUCAGAACCAUUAAAGCCGAUGUUGUCGUCGGUGUUGAAGACAAGCAAAUGCUGCAAAAAAUCGCUACAUUUGCCGUCAAUUGGAGAGAAAUCGGUGAUUACGCUGUCAUACAAUUGGCUCAAAACCUUUAG